GGCCGGAGGCGGAGGCGCCGCGUAGGCCCGGGAGGCCGGGCCGGCCGGGCUGGGAGCUCGAGUCCCAUGCGCCGCCGCCUCCCCCCACGAUGUUCCCCUCCCGGAGAAAAGCGGCGCAGCUGCCCUGGGAGGACGGCAGGUCCAGGUUGCUGCCCGGCGGCCUCCCUCGGAAGUGCUCCGUCUUCCACCUCUUCGUUGCCUGUCUCUUACUGGGCUUCCUCUCCCUGCUCUGGCUGCAACUCAGCUGCUCCGGUGACGUGGCCCGGGCAGCCAGGGGACAAGGGCAGGAGACCCCAGGCCCACCCCGGUCCUGCCCCCCAGAGCCACCUCCUGAGCACUGGGAAGAAGACUCAUCCUGGGGCCCCCACCGCCUGGCCGUGCUGGUGCCCUUCCGUGAACGCUUUGAGGAGCUCCUGGUCUUUGUGCCCCACAUGCACCGCUUCCUGAGCAGGAAGAAGAUCCAGCACCACAUCUAUGUGCUCAACCAGGUGGACCACUUCAGGUUCAACCGCGCGGCCCUCAUCAACGUGGGCUUCCUGGAGACCAGCAACAGCACGGACUACAUCGCCAUGCACGACGUGGACCUGCUGCCCCUCAACGAGGAGCUGGACUACGGCUUCCCCGAGGCCGGGCCCUUCCACGUGGCCUCCCCGGAGCUGCACCCCCUCUACCACUACAAGACCUACGUGGGCGGCAUCCUGCUGCUCUCCAAGCAGCACUACCAGCUGUGCAACGGGAUGUCCAACCGCUUCUGGGGCUGGGGCCGUGAAGACGACGAGUUCUACCGCCGCAUCAAAGGGGCCGGGCUGCAGCUUUUCCGCCCCUCGGGAAUCACAACUGGGUACAAGACAUUUCGCCACCUGCAUGACCCAGCCUGGCGGAAGAGGGACCAGAAGCGCAUCGCCGCUCAAAAACAGGAGCAGUUCAAGGUAGACCGGGAGGGCGGCCUGAGCACUGUGAAGUACCGCGUGGAUUCCCGCACGGCCCUGUUGGUGGGCGGGGCCCCCUGCACUGUCCUCAACAUCCUGUUGGACUGUGACAAGGCCGCCACCCCCUGGUGCACGUUUGGUUGAGCUGGCAGGACAGUAAGGAAGCCUGUGCCCACAGGCCACACAGCUCCUCAGGCUCAGGACAAAGCCUUAGGCCCGGGGCCCGACUCCAGUAGGACGUGGAGGGGCCCAAAGCAGCGCCUAGCAAGCCACCCGCUUGCAGCAGCCCGGCCCCCCUGGGGGCAGGCUGGACCCAGGACAGGACACCCUUGGGCGCCUGGGACGCUGCCAGCAAUGAACAGCAAUGGAGAGAGGCUGGAACACGGCUCCCACCUGGGACCGCCCGCCCCCUUCCUGCUUGCCCUGCUCUGCCCGCCUU